CGCUCCGCCCUGCGGGACGGCGGCGGGGAGCGGCCACUUCUGUACGCCGGCGCCGGGGCUGGGGAGGAUGGAUCGGCUCCCCCGCCUCACGGGGAACGCGGCCCCGAAAAGCGCCUUCACGGCCGCCGCGGCCCUGCUGCCCUUCUGGCUGGUAGAGCCCAACUUGGAGGCGCUGCUGCCGCCACCUGCCCCGGCCGCACAGAGCUAAACCGCUCCUGGAAUGCCCCAGAAAAGGCCGAGGGUUUUUCUGAAGGACGUAUCUCACCCAAAAAUUAGGGUUUGCCGUUUUCACCCGUGAGAAAGAAAGUUAAAUGUGACCAUUCAAAUGAAUUACUUUUCUUCUUAUGUACUUUACACUUCAGUCCAAGUUAAUGCAUUGUUUUCCAGAUAUCCUUGAAUUUGCCCUCAAGAAGCUGACAUUAUGUGUGCUGGUAUGGUGAUGUUAAAUAUUUUAAGGAAACGACACAUACAGGAGAAGCAGCCAAAUAUUUUGAAAAUCAAUUUACAGUGGAGGUCCCAAGGCUGCCAAAGCUGCUGAAAACAUGUCUGUUGUCCGAAAAUGGGUUCUUUUACCUGCUGUGCAAGAGUCCGAUCCCCACAGAGAGCAUUGUUUCUAAGCAACAUGAGAAAGCAGCUGUCCUGCAUGAAGCCAAAGCCUAAUUUCCCUGGCACACAAACUGAGAGGCAGAGGCAAGAAAGGAACAGCAACAUCAAGAGGGAAUUCCUCUUCAGAAAUACCUGAAGUCAGAGAGGCUCCAAACCCAGAUCCUGGAGCAUAUGGCAAGAGUUCACACAGGUGGUCUCCAAGUGUCCCACUCUCUUUACUUGUGAUUAAGAGAAUCACUGACAGAGAUACUUUGUAGGAUGCACUUUUCUCUCUCCUAGAUCCAUUGAGUUUAUGUUACAAUGAAAAAUAGAAUAUGGAAAAAAAACUCCUGAAGAAAGAGAUUGAAAAACUCCUGAGAGAUUAUGUUGGCAUCAGACUACGAGAAAAUGGAUUUGAUCCAAGAGGACAAAGGCACUCCACCUUUCUAGAUGACAUGGUCCAUUACAACUUAGCCCUCAGUGUUGCUUUGAUGUGGUUAAGUGACUCCGAUGCUCAGACUCCACUGACAAGAGAGAAAUUGAAUUUUGCAGCUCGCAACCAAUACACAUAUCCCAAUCGAAUUGAGAGAGAAGCUAUGAUAUUAUCUUCAUAUGCUGGAAUACUAAUGAACAGCAUUUCUGUAGAAGAGAUCUUUGAGAUUUACAGAAUGAAGCCCUCAGCAACACACUGGCAGAGCUCUGCAAAAGACCACUGGAUUCAACCUUUCAAGAUUUCCCUGCAUCCAUUUGCCAUGCUGACUGCCCCUGAAGCUGCAGAGCAUGCUCGGAAGCAAAGCGUCAAGUACCAGACACCAAAAGCACAUCUAAAGCAAGGCUCUCGUUCAGCAAGGAGAGCUAAAAAGGACCACAAGCAACUGGACACACUGACCAGAAGAAAGCAACAGGGUGACAAAGGAGCUACAGAAGCAAAACAAGGAAUCUCUCCAAGGAAGCCUGGAACAAACUCAAAAGUGAGGAAAGCAAAUGAAGCAAAGACAUAGCAAAGAUCUAAGACUUCAUGUACCUCACUUAGUUGUAGGUGAGCUAACUGAUGUCUUCUACAUUAGCUUUGGUAAUACAUUUGCAACUUGUGUUUUGGUUGAGGUUUUGUUUGUUUGUUUUUAAAUCUUCACAGCCAUUCCUUCCUUUCCACCUUCAUAUGUUGCAUCUAAGACAUCCAUUCCUCUUCCCUUAGCCACUUCUCUCCUGCUUCCUCCCCCUGCCAGUAUGUCGAGAGCUUACAUUUUCCCAGUGUAUCCCUACCGCUCCUCAAUGCACCAUGCCCAUUUUACAGAGACAAUGAGUGGAUGCAGCACUUCAGAGGCAGGGAAUACACACUUUCCCUUUUCCACAGUGUUUUGCAACUCCCAUACAUGAUCCAGCAUUGGGCAGCAUGAUGCGGGCUGUGUCUCUCAGCUCUCCCCUUUAACCAUCCUGGUUUCUUAUUUUGGUGAAGGGCUCAGCUAAAGAAAGAGCAUCUCCCUGCAGUGCCAACAUAGCACUGAAGUCUAUCUUCCUAUCCCCAUUUGUAGGUCUCUAAUGGUUUACCUCUUUAAUGUCCAUGCUGUGCUGCCUAACAACGCUCCCCAUUCCCUAGAUGGGCUGUCACUAAUCACAGCUCAAUACAUUCACAAAUUACAAAUUAACUGGUGAGUCUUUGAUUCUUGCAAACAAAUUCAGUAGAACCAUAGGCAGCAGCCAGUGACAGGACCUGAGCAAAUUUUAUCCCAACUCAAACAGCAUCAAUCUGACCCCUUAAAAGCCAAACCAGAGAGAAAUUGUAUUUUGAAAUGAGGUCAUUACAAGAGGGGAGGAGGGGAUAUUGCUGCUGAACCCUUGAGAGAACAAUGGUGAGGGGGUGGUUAAGAUUAAACAGCUACAGAGAUUAACAUCUCAUGACUGUUUUUUGUUCACUGACCUGUAAUAAAAUAAACAGUAAGACUAACAAA